AUGCGGUGCCUGUACGUACUCAUCUUUGCCGUCGGCUCUCUUUGUGCUGCUUCAGGCCCCUUCUCACUGCCAAAUGUCAAUGCCACUUUUGCCAAGAGUCCUAAGCUAUUUCGGAUCCAUGUCGAUCGAGGCUUCAUUGAGGAUACUCGGCAGCGUGUUGCCCAUACAAGGGCGCCAUUGUUUACAAAUGUGUCAAGCGAUGGCCCCGGUGUUGAGAACUUCACAAGCGUUCGCGACUUCUGGGUCAACGAGUAUGAUUGGAAUGCUACGGAAGCUUCCAUCAACAAGAGAUUCAAACAGUUUACGACUAUUGUUGAGCCUGAAAUCGACAACGUCACUCAUUCUGUACCGCUGCAUUUCGUACAUCACCGAUCAUCCAGGUCCGACGCCAUACCAUUACUGUUUAUUCACGGAUGGCCAGGGUCCUUUCUUGAAGUCGGCAAUGUUAUCGGACAUCUGACAAAUCCACCAAAUGCCUCUCUACCAGCUUUUCAUGUGGUUGCGCCUUCGAUCCCGGGUUUUGGAUUCUCUCCCGCGGCGACGCAGCCAGGGUUCGGUCCCGCGGCGGCUUCUUAUGCAUUCAACGAACUGAUGCUUCAGCUUGGCUACUCCAGAUACGUCAUUCAUGGCGGAGAUUUCGGCGGUGUCAUCCUUCGAUAUCAAGCCCACAAUUUCCCAAAGAAUGUGAUCUCGGCACUUAGCAAUUUCUGGAUUAUCCAGCCGGGGAACAACGACCUUCGCCGACUUGCACAGGGAGAAGCAACGCCUGAUGAGGUCGCAUACAUCCAGAUUACAGAGAAUUACGAGAACCAAGGAUCUGGAUACCGACUGAUGAUGUCCACCGAACCCCUCACCGUCGCAUAUGGUAUGACGGACUCGCCACUUGGGAACGCCAUGUGGAUGUAUUCCAUCAUGAACAGGGUCAUUGACCCUAGUAUCAUGGCAUGGACUCCCGAGGAGAUCAUUACUUGGUCUAUGAUGUAUUGGAUCCAAGGUCCAUACGGUGGCAUGCGGUUCUAUAAAGAAGUUCAAAAUGAUGGGGGCUUUGAAACACUCGAUUUUGGCACCCUGCCCCUGGUAGAGGUCCCAGUCGCUAUCAGUCAAUUCCCUUACGAUUUGGCUUACCGUAUGCCGUUGGAUUGGGCAAAGCGAGGAGGAAAUGUUCUAAAGAGAACUGUACAUGACCAUGGCGGCCAUUUUGCUGCUUAUGAGGUCCCUGAUCUGCUGCUCCACGAUAUCUGGUCUUGGUUCGGAGAUAAGGAAGCUUCAGACACAAAGGCGUUCAACUAA